AAUGGCGUCGCGUGACUGCGCACGGCUGGUGUUCUUAGGAUGUCUGCACCACAUCGCUCGGGAUAAAGUAUUCCUCCAGCAGUUCGUGCUUUCUAUGCUGGCGACCGUCAUCCGGGGACCUGUCCGCGUAUUUGUGCCAUUCACCAGCGUCCAGAACGUCAACGGUGGAGAGUGGCAUUGGACCCUGUUCCAACCGCUGGUCGCACCGGACCCGGGACGUCAGACCGUUCAUGUUGUUAUGACGUAUGUUUCGAGCGCGGACUACAGACCCCAGUUCAGCGACGCCCACGAGUACAAACGUCUCAACGGUGGCCGCAUCAGGGAGUUGAACCACUUCGUGGCUCUGUCUCACGACAACACCGCGAAAAAUCACGAAGCUGCUGUCACAAGGAUGGCCGGUCUUGUGCGCUUGGCACAAGACGACAGCAAGGAGUCGGAGGCGAGGCUCAAGGAAGCUGUAGGGGACUCGGGUGGGCAAGAUGAAAUCGCGUACAAGUACAAGUUGUUCAUUUCCCGCGUUGCAAAUGGCACGUAG